AUUGUGCGUGGGGGUUGGGGGAUGCCGUGACGACGGGCGUAUACGCUGAAGAGCGAUCCAAACAUAAUAAUUCGGUAGAACGAGAGUAGAACGAACAACCAUCUGAAGAGGAGCUUCUCUAUUAAAAGUAAAGUGUGCAUUUUUUUUUACAUUUUGUUCGUAUAAAAUUAUUAACAAUAAUCACAAAGACAAGAAUAGUAAUAAUAGUAACAAUAAUAAUAAAAAUAUAUUUGAAAGUGACGAAUUAUGCAGGAAUUAAAUCCUCCCCCUACGGUAACGAGAUAUGGAAAUUUUUCAACCGAAUACAUCGUUGAAAAAAAGUGGAAAAUAAUUAAUCUUCAAUAAUGCGAGUGCGAGGAAAAUGAGAUAAAGUUAAUCACCUAUAUAUUUAAACUGAAAGAAAAUGACGGUGUCCUGAUUUUGAAUAGGAAAAAGAAAAAAGAAAAACAUCGCUACAAACGAGUAAACGCAAAAUAGUAAUCAUUUAAUUUCAAUAAUAUUUUAAUCGAUAUAUAAAAGUGUGAUGAGGUCAUACGACGGUGAGAGCAGUUCUGGGGAUGAAGAUGACCGUAGGGACGCCCCCCACGAAUCACAUCUGCAACAGGGGGCCUGGCAGAGGUCCUCAUCGCAUCCGACGUGGGCCUGGGAUCAUCGGGGCGCUCAUCAACUUCCCUCGCAGGCGACGCCGUCCCUGGAUACUAUGGGUUAUUCAACCCCCGGUGUAGCGGCUGGUGCUCAUCCUACGGGAACUGGGAUACCACCGACUGGAGGAUACUCGUCGGAACAUCCUCCGCAAGGUUCACAAGGACGGAGAACACCCCUCGGUGCCGUUGGAUUGGGCGGUUUUUACUUUCAACAACAACCGCAACCGCAAUCGUCAGCUGCAAGUCUUUCAGACGAAAAUAGACCCGAUCACGAAAGACCCGGAGUAUCACGUUUAAAUUGUCCUCCGAAAACUAAAACUACUCGUCAGGGUAAGAGCGUACGUUUGAACAUAAAUGCGAGGGAACGUCGACGGAUGCAUGACCUCAACGACGCCCUUGACGAAUUGAGAUCUGUUAUACCUUACGCGCACAGUCCGUCUGUGAGAAAAUUGUCGAAAAUUGCCACCUUGCUUUUGGCAAAGAAUUACAUUCUGAUGCAGGGAAACGCUCUUGAAGAGCUAAGACGAGUUAUCGCGGUUCUUCAAUCACCUCAUGCGCACACUACCGCCUUGCCACCGACUCCGGCUUCUUACGACCUACUUCACGGCUUUCCCGGUAAAUUGUUUCAAGGGGUGCAAGGUGUCGUGCACGGAACCGGAAAUGUCGGUGGUACAGGUGCGGCAGGAAAUUCUUCGUCGUCUCAAGGCGUCACAUCCGGAGGUCCUGCGCCAGGAGACAGUGCUGCGGGUAGUGGCGAAUCGACGUAGGUAUAUAAAAAUUUCGUAAAAUAAAAAUGGAAAGGAUGAAAUGGCGGAAAAGUCGAACACAGAAGGAACGGUGAGGAGGAGGAGUUUGUGAGAAUGUAAAAGAAUCUUUGCCAAAUUGAUUAUAAUCAUUCAAGUGAAAGUAAAUAUAGUACAUAAAUAUAUCUAGUCAUAUAGUAUAUGGAGAGAAUAUAUAUAUGAAAUUUUUUGAAAUCAGCUAUACAUUUAACUAUACGUAUACACAAUAAUAUUGUACGGGCAAUAAUCGGAAGAAAGUAUUAGUUUUUAAGAAAUAACGUAAAGCAAAAAAAUGAAAGUAAAAAAUCAAUGAUUCGUCUAGUCCAUAAUUCGUACGAAUAUGAUGUAAAACUUUAUUUGAUACGUCGCGUAACUAACACCAGAAUAAUCCAGAAUAAUUAACCGGUGAACUGUAUGAUUCAAUUUUUUUUUCAUACCUUCUGGUAUUAGUCAUGGGAUGCGUACGUUUCGGAAUUUAAAAAAAAAAUUUCCAGUAUAUUCCGUCUGCAAAACGAUAGUCAAUAUAGGAUGUGAUAUGUGUCGAACGAUUAUUGUAACACAUUUAUUAUACAUAGUUAAUGUAAUUGAUAACGAUUUAUACAUCGAUUAUUGAAAAAAAAAAAAAAAUACGAUACUAAGAAGAAACGUAGGACGAGUAGAACUGAAUGAGAAAAAAUAUAUAUAAUAUAUACAUACAAAAGCGAGGGUACCAGAAAAUGACAACCAUUACGAAUGGCGUAUUAAGAUUUCUAUAUGACUAUUGAUUUCACCUUCCGACCAUAGAGGGUGGCUUUAUUUUUUAGCAAUUCAUGGACUGGUGCACUCGCUCUAUAUAGAUUUAUAUUUGAAAUCCUAAGCAAAAAACGAUCAAGUUCGUUUAUAUCGUUGCUAUAAUUGUGUGAAUUGAAAAUCUGAGAGAAAAAGUAACGUUCGCGUCUCGUUGAAGAGAAAAAAAUUCAAUUGUCAGUGAUCGUUAACUCUUGUUCCUCAGCUACUAUAUCCUUAUUCUUCAGUUUUAGAGGUUCCGUCAACUAUACGCCAUUGUAACUGUCAAUGGCGACUAACUAAUGAUAAAUUCUAACUAUUAUACCAUGAUACAGAUGCCAAAUAAAAAGCAAUAUUAUGCCAUUCUAA